AUGUUUGGACCUGGUUCUCUCAAACCCAAAUACGGGUCGAAGAAAGGCGGUGUGUUACCCUAUUUCUCUGGCCAUGCCAGAUUACAUUUCCACAGCCGUAAGAACUUGGCUAUAUUGAUCACGGCAGCGAUCGUUUUAGUAUAUUUCUUUAACCCUUUAGGUGCCUUGGGAAUUACUUUCUCCAUCUUCUCAAGAAGAAAUGUGCCCGUGUACCCGCGUGGUCACCCCUUGACAUCUACAGAAAUCAUAGAAGUGGACACCAAAUAUAUCUAUCCUCCCAUUGAACACGCUCAGUUGUUAAGGGAAUUGACCAUGAAGGAAUUGGUGAAGGAGCAUAAAUAUAGAGACGCAGAUUUCCCCGAUAUCGAACGGUACGAAAUCUAUUCCUUGAACAAAGACGAUGAUCCCGAUCCAAUAAAGCAAAGAUUAAAGGAGGAUGAAGAAAAUCAAUUGCUGGAAUUGGUUAAAGCCAAAAAUUACUUCAAAAAUCAAGAUAAAAUCGUCUACAAGGGUAAAGGUGGUUCAUAUCCUGAAGUAGUCAUUGUUACGACCAUUAAUUUCGAUAAAUAUUCAAUGGAAGCUUUGGCUCGUAUUGUUCAAAAUAGAGUGGAUUAUGCUCAUGCUCAUGGAUAUGGGAUUUAUGUUAGAUGGUCUCAAGAGUUUUUACCUGCUUUAAACUCAUUUAGUUAUAUGCAAAUUGAGGAGAAGGAAAAAUGGACUAGAUUAUUUGCAACUAGAGCUGCAAUGUUUGCGUUUCCUAAAGCUAAAUGGUUUUGGUAUUUGGAUGAAGAUGCUUUAAUUUUGGACUCUUCGGUUGAUAUCUUAAAUUCCGUCUUGCAGCCUUCCACUUUAAAUUCACUAUUGUUAAGAGAGCAACCAAUUAUCCCCCCCAGUGGAAUUAUCAAAACUUAUAAAAACACUAAAGCUGAUGCUAUCAAAUUAAUCUUGGUUCAAUCUCCUUCUAAAGUGGAAACAACAGCAUUUAUGGUUAAGAAUGAUGAUGUGGGUAAAUCACUUCUUCAAGGGUGGUGUGAUAAAUUGUUUGUAUCAUAUUCAAACUUCCCCUUUGGUCCAGAUUCUGCCAUCACUCAUAUCUUACAAUGGCAUCCAUUCUUUUUAAGUAAAACUGGUAUUGUCCCCACCAAUCUUUUCGCUUCCAUCCAUCCAGAAACUGAAGUGCCUCCUCCAACUGAUGGAUCUAGAACGGAUUUUACCCUGUACCAUGAAGGUGACUUUGUGGCCAGUUGGUGGGGAUGCAAGAAGGUUGAGUGUGAAAAGAUCAUGAAUAAGUAUUAUGCUAAGAUUGCAUCAUCAAAGGCAUAA